UUUUUGCUACAUUCAGUCCAUUUCAAGCAUAAAGGCAUUUGGCGUGGUGAAGUUUGAGACUUCCUUCCCCUUUUGACUCUAAAAAGUUGAAUUCAGCAGCACUCUGAGUUUUAUGUCAGUAAUCAGACAGGAGCAGGAUUUAUUUCAGGUGUAAAUGUUUUCAAAGGCUGAACUUUGAGCACAGAUGGAAGCUGCCGUUGGAUUGUUGCUGGUGAUACUUGGAGUCUGUCACGGUGAGGAAACGUACUGUGAUGGGAGACAGAAUGGAACUCAGUGCUAUGGAGCUUUGGGAGGAACUGUGUCUCUCCGGCUGAUGACGAGUGCCUCAGAAAUACAUAGAUACGAAUUGGUGAAGAACACAACCAAAAUGCUCAGUGGGAAAAAGAAUAAUAUUUCAUUAGAUGCUCUUGUAAACAGAUCUGUCUUCACUCCCAGUGAUGGAACAUUCAGGAUAAAUAACCUGAUCAGAAGUGAUGGUGGUGAAUAUGUUCUUAGCAUGUUUGAUUCAAAUGGAAAUCUAUACGAGAAGCGAACUCUGCACUUAUUCAUUCAAGUCCCAUCAAAACAUGUUCCCAUUAUGGCUGGUAUAUUGGCGGCACUGGUUACACUGGUUUUGGCGGGCAUAGCAGUUUACUGUUAUAAGAAGAAAAAACAAAGCAAGAAACGUCAUGAGGAGGACGAAGGCCAAGAAGUAACCUACACUGAUGUCAAGAUUGUGCAGCAUCAGAAGAUGCAGAAGCACAAGGAGGUAGAGAUGGAAGUGGAAUACGACCAAGUUAAUGUUUUAGGAGAGCACCAGCAAAUAUCAGAGCAACCAAAGACAACUUUGUGCACGCCAAAGUCUGGAAAAACAGGUGAUGCUGAGUGAGAGAUUUCUGAACAAAGACUGCACCACUGAAAGAGGCUGUGUUUGUAAAAAA